GUGUUUCCGAGUCCUUCGAGGAGGUAACUGUCGGUCAUUGUGAAUGGAGACACGAGUCACGACUCGCCGGGUUCCCGUUAUCAAAGAGAGCACCAGGCUGAGGACAAGGACGCACUUCAAAGCUUAAAAGUUCAAUACCUUGGGAUCUGAGGGACCGUGGACGUCGCGGCAUUGCUGGGCUUCAUAGUUCUCCCCUAGCCUUUUAAGCAUUUCCCUACCCCAUUUGAAGCAUCCCUAUCCCUCCCCAUCACAUCCACCACGGUAUGGCUUUCCAGUCAGAUACUGUCCAGUCUAUCCUCCUUUUUCCAGUCCACCUUGUGGUGUGGCUCUACUCUGUCCUCUCCUUCCUACCAUGGUACUACAUGACCGGUGCCGGCCAGAAGAACGCCAUGUCCAAGCGGGUCAAGGCUCGCUCCACUUCAGGAUGCGCGGAGGGACCCUAUCGCUCUGUGGACCACUUUGGCACGCUGGCCAAGGAAGACCUGCCGGGCAAGAACACUCUAGAUAAGUUGUUCGCAUUCGCAGUGGAGCGCUUUGGAGAUUCGCCGUGUCUUGGCACCAGAGAAGUGCUGAGUGAGGAAAACGAGAUGCAGCCCAAUGGGAAAAAUUUUAAAAAACGGAUCCUUGGUGAUUACAAAUGGCUCUCCUACAACCAAAUUGACUCACUCGCCAGUCAGUUUGGAAGCGGAUUGACAGCCCUCGGACAGAAACCCAAAAGCACUAUUGCAAUCUUCUGCGAGACCAGAGCCGAAUGGAUGAUAACUGCCCAAACAUGCUUUAGGCAUAAUUUCCCAUUGGUGACAUUCUAUGCAACUUUGGGAGAGGAGGCGAUUGCAUUUGGACUGAAUGAAACUGGAGUUUCUCAUCUUGUCACUAGUGUGGAACUGCUCGAGACAAAACUAAAAAAUGUGCUUCCAAAUAUCCCCAAACUGAAACAUAUAAUCUAUGUGGACCAGAAGAAAGUGACCACAGCAGGGUACCCGGCAGGACUCUCUAUCCACAGUAUGCAAGAAGUGCAAAAUCUGGGCGCACUGCCUGAAAAUAUGGGAAAGGAACUUGUGAAGCCGGAGCCGUCUGAUCUGGCUGUGGUCAUGUACACCAGCGGCUCCACUGGGCGCCCAAAAGGAGUCAUGAUUAUCCACAGUAAUUUGAUUGCAGGAAUGACAGGCCAAUGUGAUCGCAUCCCUGGACUCGGGCCCAAGGAUAUUUACAUCGGCUAUCUGCCUCUGGCUCAUGUGCUGGAGAUGACUGCGGAGAUCAGCUGUGUCACGUAUGGGUGUCCGAUAGGCUACUCUUCCCCCCACACACUGUCAGAUCAGUCCUCAAAAAUAAAAAGAGGAAGCAAGGGAGACUCCUCUGUGCUUAAACCCACACUGAUGGCAGCUGUGCCGGAAAUUCUGGAUCGCAUAAACAAGAACGUGAUGAGCAAAGUGCAGGAGAUGAGCUAUGUUCAGAAGAUGCUCUUCAACCUGGGCUACCAAUACAAACUAAAGCAGAUCAGGAGAGGCUACGACGCACCUCUCUGCAAUGCCCUGUUGUUUAAAAAAGUGAAGAAGCUGCUGGGCGGGCGAGUGCGGUUGAUGCUGUCGGGAGGAGCUCCUUUGUCCCCGGCUACACAGAGGUUCAUGAAUGUGUGCUUCUGCUGCCCCGUGGGCCAAGGCUAUGGCCUCACUGAAACUUGUGGAGCAGGCACCAUCACUGAGGUUGCAGACAUUAGCACCGGCCGUGUUGGGGCGCCACUUAUUUGCUGUGAGUUGAGACUGCGGGACUGGGCUGAAGGCGGCUACACCAGCAAAGAUAACCCUAACCCUAGAGGCGAGAUCCUGAUUGGCGGCCCAAACGUGACCAUGGGCUAUUUCAAGUACGAGAGUAAGGAUGAGGACUUUUUUGUGGACGAGAGUGGUCAAAGAUGGUUUUGCACUGGUGAUGUUGGUGAGGUGUACCCAGAUGGCUGUCUCCAAAUAGUAGACCGUAAAAAAGAUCUGGUCAAACUGCAAGCGGGCGAGUACGUGUCUCUCGGUAAGGUGGAGUCGGCCCUGAAGAACAGCUCCCUCAUCGACAACAUUUGUGUUUACGCAAACAGUGACCAGAACUACGUGAUCAGCUUUGUGGUUCCCAACCAGAAGCGGCUGAUGCAACUGGCCAAGCAGAGGGGUCUGGAUGCAUCUUGGGAGGACAUAUGCACCCACGAUGACAUGGAGAAAGAGGUCCUGAAUGAAAUCAAGGCGGUUGCUGCUAAAAUUAAACUCCAGCGCUUUGAAACUCCUGUGAAGGUCCAUCUGAGCCCAGAGCCAUGGACACCUGAGAUGGGUCUUGUCACAGAUGCAUUCAAGCUAAAGCGCAAAGAGCUUAAGAACCACUAUCGCCACCACAUCGAGAGGAUGUAUGGUGGCAAAUAAAGUCGCACUCUUUCCCAGCCAAGAGGCUUCAUUUCAGCUUGGCCACUCUUUUUUCCCUGUAGUUUCCUGUGAAGUGUGUGGUUUUUUUUUGCUGUCUGUGUUCCAGAUGGACUUAAAUGAAAAUGAGGUGAACACAGAAGAUGCAGCUUUUGAUCCACCUGUGCCACUGGUGUGUAGAAGUAGGAUGGUUAAAGAUGACCAUGGGUUACUGGUUUUUUGGAACGAACCCUUAAACAAAAACUCACUCCUCCACACAUUGCUAAUACUGUGCUGCCUGUGUUACAGUCAUUGAAUCAUUACUGAUAACGAUACUUUUUUGUAGUUGGAGUACUGAUGUUACUGUGCCUUCAGUCUGCAGCACUUGUCGUCAGUGGUUUUAUGUGACGUUUUGUUCACAAACUGUUCAAUGUAUCGACAGCCAUGCGAAAGGUUUACAUGGAGCGUUAGGUCAUCAACACCCCCUAUCCAGAGAUAUGCUUGACAACCUUUACUUAAUUUAUUUUGGCUAAUUUUAUUCUUGCUAUUUAUGUCAAUGCUGAAAAAGACCAAAUGUCCAACCAUAAAUGACUCAGGAACACCAAGAGCAGAUGUUUUAUUUUGGGACAAUGCCAAAAGGAUUUUUGCUUGCACUUUCAGCACACGCUGAGCAGGUUACUUUGUUCACGAUAAAUGGCUAAAGACCAUGCUUGGUGGUAGCAGCUACACCUUUAGCCUUUGUAAAGGGGAAACUGAUCAAGUCAGUAUGGUGUUUGUUUGUAUUUUCAUGAACUUGUUUGUAUACUGUACACAAACUACUCCAUCCUAAUCACAGGCCUUACUGUUCAAGCUAUUCUUGAAAAUAAAACCCUUUUCAUACUAAA